GAGGGACGGGCUGGGAGAAGAGUCAGCUUUAGUGUGGCUCUACUGAGGAGGAAUGAGAACAGCGGCUUUUCCUCCUAUUCGACCGUCUCUCUACGUUUCUGUCUUUCCAUUUGUCUCCCCCUCUCCUCUCUAAUUUUCUCUCACCCUGGAUGCCGCUGCAAUGUGGCCGUCUCUGCAGUGAAAGUGCUAGCUGGCGGAUUCUCCUUGAGUGAACCCUGACUGUGCGCAGUGAGUGUUUGCUGCUCCACCGCUGUCCUGUACACACUGACUCAGCUGUGCAGUGCAGCCUGCCGGCCUCUGAGGGAACACCGGCCGCAGGAGCAGUCUCUUCCACAGGAGUGCUGUUGGGGCUGACGGACAGUCUCACUAUACCCAGUGCCUCGUUUGGGGUCCAGACACGCAGACAGCAGGUUCCAGAUUGAAUCCAGUAUACUAGAGAGGCCAGGUUGUGCCAAAGGAUAUUUUACUAGCCAUCUAGAGCCCGGGCUGGAUCCUGCAGCAGUAGUGGUUUUGGAGCACACCUGGCUGCCAUGGAGGUCCAGUGGGUUGGGGUUGAACCCCCAAAGCUGGGCCCUCCGUACACAGCCGUCGGCCUGAUAUUCUCUAUGCUGCUUGGUAUGUGGUCUGCUCAGGCCCUUGAGAUGUCUGUAGGGAAGAUUCCCUUCCUGGAGGCAGUGAAUGGCAGCACAGUCACUUUGCCUUGCUCAUACCUCAGCUGUAUCGGCAUCAAGAACCUCUACUUCAACUGGCAAUUCAAUGACAACGGCACCAUGCAGAAGGUGUGUGAGUCAGUGAUACCAUCAGAGGAUGUGGUGCCACAUGUGAGUAUAUAUCGUGAGCGGGUGGAGUUUGUCGGGAAGAACAACAACAUCUCCAUCGUGCUGUGGAAUAUCACCUUCGAGGAUGGAGGCCAGUACACUUGUUUUGGACGCAACCCCAAAGAAAAGGGGAAGAACCACAGUGCCAUCUUCACCCUCAUUGUGGUGGACGAGUUGAGGGUGGUGGACAACACGCUGGCCACCAUCAUAGCCUCAGCUGUGGGUGGAGCCAUAGCAUUGAUAAUGGGCUUCAUGUUGCUCAAGAACUUCACUCUGUUUGUUCUCGCGAAGCUUGAGGAGAAAAAUAAGGAGUGCCUUGUAACUUCAUCAGGGAUCGACAACACAGAUAAUGGCCUCUCAGGAUCCAAAGCUGAUUCAAAACCAACACCAAAAAAGAAAUGAGAAAGAGCAUGUAUAUAAAACCAUAUGAAUACUCAUAUUUAUAUACCUUCUUUGCAUAUAUUUGGAUAUGCACAUGUGUUUGCACACAUGCAAAUUAAUUAUGUUCAAGUUGGGAUCCUGAAAUCUCUGCCUCGCUGUGGCCUCAAAAGGGAAUAUAUACAUAUGCACACAAUGCUUAUGUGCACGGAAAACUAACUGUGCAUAUGAUAUACAACGAAAGAAUGUGCAAAUCAUGAGUUCACACAUGAUUAUUUAAAACGCAUUUUAAUAAUUUACAUCUACUACUACUUACAUAUACUAAGAUGUAAUUGCCACUACCAGAAACACUUCAGCUUGGCUUAUUUAUGGUUAUUUGGUCUCCCAUAUAUCUACCUCUUUUGCCCACAUGACCAGAAAACACAUUAAAUGUGUCUUUGUUUUUUUGGGUGUGUUUUGAAUAACAAGUUGAAGGGAACCAUUAACUCUGUCUGGUAAUAAUUAAUUAUUUGACAAGAAAGUUAGUGUGCACUUUUACUCAAUGAAAUGUGGCACAUUUGUCUCUAUGGAAAACAUUGUUCCCAAGUUGUCUCUGGUUAUACUGUGGGGCUGAAAAUGAAUCAUAGACAGUGGAAGAAAACACACUGCUCUGGCAGGCUUAUUUCAUCUGAUUGAUUCCGCACUGUUUCCGCACUGUAUAAUAAAAACAUGCAAGUGGGAUGAGUUUAUUCAUGAAUAUUUGGUCAUUUUAAUCAUUCCCACUGGAAAUGUCAUCACCUGAUACAUACUUACCAAGCAAGUAAACAUAUUGAUUGGCAACCUCUCCUUCAACACACUGGUUUUGUGUUUUGUACUUUGACCAAUAGAAAUUACUUUAAAUACACAGUGGAGCACCAAGAAGGUACAGUAAUUAAUUUUAAGAAAGACCCAAUUUAAAAUUCUGUGUAGACACAGGUGCUGCUUAUAGCUAGCAAUUCACAGGGAUUCUGCAGUGAUUAUAAGAUAAGGGAGAGUAUGCUUAUCAGUAAGCUAAGUGUCUCUGGCAGAUGGUAUCUUUUUGUACUCAUUACAACUAAAUGUGCACAUUUUAUUAAAGUAUGUGGAUGUUUGUGUGGA